AUGGAGCCUCUCACUGCAGCUGUGUUUGCAGCUGCUUCUGGAACUCAGCCCAUGGAUGCAUCCUCAAAAAGUAUUAGCCGCGACUCUCCUUCAUCCGGCGGUGCCAGGGAGUUUGUGGAGCAGCACGUGACGUACUUCUCGUGAAGGAACCCGGGGAUCAUGGUCUAAAUGAUGGUGAAGAAAUGCCACGCGCCCCAGCUGGUGGCGGAGUAUCUGAACGGCUCCAUACAGGAGGUAGCUGUUGGUAAUAAGACGGUCGAGGAGAUCGCAGCGCUGAUCCAGAAGCUCGCCGACCAGUCGGGCCUGGACGUGAUCCGCAUUCGGAAGCCCUACCACAUGCACCACCCCAGUAUCCAGGGGCAGUGGCACCCCUUUACCAACAGGCUUCCCCAGCUGGGCAGGGAAGGUAUCGCCUGUGGCCCUGACUGCCAGCCCUAA